AUGGUGUAUAUUCCUCUCGCUGAGACCGUGGAAAAGAUGUUCACCCUCUUGGAGAACAGCAGGGCGGCCACGGCCAACGGAUCAGGACUCCAAAAGGCUGGCGAGGUGCCGCUUUGGCUUUUCGUCAUGCGCCAAUUUCUGCUUCUGGUGCCGCGGGAUGACUUGAAGGAGCCCAACGGCAAGAUCGGUGCCCCCGUGCCGAUCGCUCCCGGAGCCCUCCGCGAAGCCGGAACUUGUGCUCUGGCGACGAUGCGGCAUCUCUGCGACCACUCGGGCCCCGAAGCUGGCAACAGCGCGCUUGAGGAGCUCUUGGCGGUGUUGAAGCAAGAAGAGAGAGGCAGCGCGGCCCUGCUGGCCUGGGUUUCCGCCACCGUGGCAGCGCUGGCCGCGGAUGGCCGCACGCUCUGCGAGGUCGUCGUCCAGGCCACAGCCACAGGGACGGCAGCCACAAGUGGUCGGCCGACAGGCAGUGCAAGCUUGCUGCCGAGCCUCGGGGGUCUUCUCAUGGCCUCGGCGCGCGGCAAGGCUGCAGCACGGCCACCGACCUCCUCGGCCCUCGCUGUGCGCGUGGCUUGUGGCCUCCUUUCCAGCUUGCGACAGCUACCAGCUACAGCUCGCAAUGGUGCUGGUGGUGGCACCACGACUCCGUCAGGAGAUGGCGGCUCUCGCGGGAGGGUUACCCUCCGUGAUGGCCACAUCGCAGUGGGUGACGUGGUGAGGUUGCACAAUGACUUGGAGCGGGCCAAGAGGGAGCAGGAGCCUCCGGAACACUUCGGCGGUUGGUGCGACAGGAUGGCCUUCUGCUUGGACUUUCCUGGCAGGGUGGUCGAGAUCCCGCGACGCUCGCCCAGGAUGCCAGAGGUGCUCCGCAUCUCCCAUGGGGCCCUGGGUUGCUGGUGCUGGAAUGCCAGGGCCGUUGCCGAGGUGAUCGAGGACGCUGGACUGCUUCCCUUUGAGGAAGACGAAUGUGGGCCCGGCGCUGCGCUGACGAUUGGCGACGAGGUGCGAAUCGACGUCACGGUGGACGAAGCCAAGCAGCUCCAGGUGAACCAUGGUGGCUGGAACGACCGCAUGACUCAGUGCUGCGGGCGCGUCGGGCGUCUCGAGGCCAUCGACAAAGCCGGAGACAUGAAGGUGCUGGUGCCCGGUGCCGGCGCCUUUGUGUGGAACCCGCGGGCGCUUCGGUCACUGCACGCGCAAAGGUGGGAGUCUGCGCUGUGCGAGAGGCUCUGUGGGUCCAUCGAAGGCACGUUGCCGCUGUCGCUCCUGGCAGCACUGACUUGCUUGGGGUGCCGUCUCGACGCCGAUGGCGUGAAGGCGGCCUACGCCGAGUUGGCCACAGACGCUCAAAGCUCGCAGGACGGCGGAUUCCAAGGAUGGAUGUCACUAGCAACCGCUGCGCUGCUGGUGGAUCCAUGCCGGGCAGCAGAAUCGCUGGACGAGGCCCAGAAUCAGGCGAAGCCGCUCGAAAGAAUCGUGCGACCAUCGGCGCUUCCCCUCCUUCCGCAGUUCCUAUCUUCCGCGCAGGGACGCACGGCGGGCUCGAACGCAACGACGAAGGAGCGAGGGUCCUUAGAGGCCAGCCUCUCGCAGCUCCUACAGGGAUGGUGGCAAGAGCUGCCCGCUUGGGAAAGACGAGCACGAGCCGUUUGA